AUGGGAGUAGAGGCAAUGUCCUCAAACCAGUUAGAAGAAGCUUCACUGUUGCUUGAACUUCAGACUGAAAAGAUUUUGCCUGCUCAAAAUAAAAUGAUUGAAAAGGAUGGGAACAUUUCUGAUCCAGAACAUUCACUCCAAGGGAAUUGUAUCAUGGUGGAAAAACCAAGUAACAAUGGCGAUAGUUCCACUGAAAACAACACAGUAGCAGACUUUCCCAAAGACAACACUCUGGGAAAGGCACAAGAUUUACCAGUGGACACUUUGCAACAAUUGGACAAAUCAGAAUCAGUAGAGGUCACUAAGGCGAGUGGACCUGAGGUCCAGUCAGACACAGCCAUGGAGAUAGACUCAGAAGAGGGCAACAGUGUGAGUCAGCCUCAAGAUCAAAAUUCGCAGCAUGAGAUAACAUGCAGGGGUGACAAGAAUGCCACUGGAAAUGUGGACACCAUUCAGAUUUCUCAGUCAGAAAAUGGAAGGGUAAUUCAGACAGAAGAAUUUACAUCUGCAAAACAGAGUACAGAAUUGACUGCUGAAACACCAGCUGAAGCUAGAGGUGUGGAUUUGGGAAAGUCAACAUCAGGAGUCUCAGAUUUAAAUACACAGGAAGUGGAGAAUAGUCAGAUUUUAGCGUCUGCUGAAACUGGUUCUCAAGAAAAUUCUUUUGAUGCUGAAACAAAUGCAUACAAAAGUUCACCAGGUGUCAUUUCAUUUGACAAUAUGGAUGUUAAUGAGGAAUCUCCCAUUUCUACAAAGUCUACAGUCGGCAGUCAGGAAAAUAUUGACACCAUGAAUGACAGUCUGUUGCCAGAAGAGAUGGAAAUGGAUAAAGUUUCUCCUGGAGAUAAAUCAGAAAAUGACAAAUACUCUACUGAAUGUCAUGGCAGCAAUGACGUGUCAGCAGAGGGUGUCAACAAGGAUGUUGGAAGAAGUGUUAUGUCUGAAGCAUUUGGUGAGCUGGAAAGUCAGAAUGAUAGCAUUGAUGAGGAUAGUGAUGGAAGGCUACUUAUAGACACAGAGGCAGAAUCAGAAAAUGAUGAAGAUUUGUCAAGGAGAAGGAGAAAUAACCAUUGUACUGAAUCUCCAUUGGCAGCUGAAAAGUUGUCAGGACAACAGCACAGAGAUUCUCCAUUAAAUAUAGAAAAGGCAGCAAGUCAGCUCAAAGAGGUAGCAGAGGUUCCUGAAAGGAGGGCAACUGAAAAAAGCAAUGAUGUGAUUUCAGAUAAAGAUGUGAUGUUGGAAAGUGUGACUGAGAAUGAAAGUGAAAGUAGAUCUGAACCAGUCAGGAGGGUAAGAAGUCCAGUAGAGGAGGGUCAAGGCAGUGUAGAGGAUUUAACUGAUGGUGGACCCAAGAUCACCACCACAAGGACUCCAUUGGGGGCUGUCAUUAAAGUGGAGCAGACAGAUGAGGGAUAUGGGGAUUCAGGAACUGGAGAUAUUCUUGAUAUACUUCACAAACCUGAGAAAACUACUACCAGUGAAGCUCAGAAGCGUAAACACAGUGAUAUGAAUGAUAAGGAUGUGGCACAGGCACUGUCUUUUGAUCCGACAGAGGUUGCAAAGAGAGUCAAAAAAGAACCAGUGGAUAUUUUUGACUCUUCUAAAUCUAACUGUUCUUUGAAUAUUUCUCCUAUGACAUCUAAAGGCUUUGUACCACAUCACUCUUCCAGGCCCCAGGAAUCUGUGUCAGACUUCGCCUCCAGUAGUCUGCUGCAGCUGAGUAAACAGGUGGACAACAUAGCAUCACAGCAAAAUCAACAGAAGGCUCCAACACUAAAUGCUGUCGGUUCAGCCUCACUAAUUCAGCAGCAACCCUCCAUGUUGCGACAUCAGCUGAACUCGAGUGUAAGAUUUCCACCAAAAGUUUCUCGCAUAUCUAUUCCUUUUGUCAGGACCCAAGGGCCAGUUUUGCCAGCAACUACACAGUCAGACCUUAGAAUAAGAUCAGUGGUUCCUCAUCCACCCUCUUCCUCUACAGCCACCACUGCCACCACCACAUCCGCAGGAGGGAGUUCAGGUAAAACCCAACCAGUCCUGAUCACCACACAGACGAGAGCAGUUCCUUCUCUGAUGAACUCCACAUCCACAUUCAGAUACAAAAUUGUUCCAAAUGCUAGUGGAGGACAAAGUUUAGUGUCAGCAUCCACUGUUCCUAGUGUGUCCAAACCACCAACCACUGUUCCAUCCACCAGUAAUAGUUCAUCCACCUCAUCACUGGAGGCUAUGUCCUCCUCCUCCAUCAACAUUGACACGGUUGGCAUGCAGACCAUUACAGAACUGAUUGCAAGGAAGAACCCUCUCCCAAACUACAAGGUUACACCUCCUCCACCUAACUUAAAAGUUAAUACGUCCGUGUUUACUUGCUAUGAGUGUGGAGACACUUUCCGCUUUUCCACAAGUCUUGAGACACAUCGUGGAAGGUGCAGCAUGAAAAUAACAUACAAGUGCGAGGAAUGCAAAGCUUUGAAAAUAUUUUUCAACAAGUGUCAGUUUCUUAGUCAUUUGAGAGGCCAUUUGAACAUCGAGAAAACUCAAGCUGUUCCAAUUCAUAUAAAAUCUGAUUCGAUUUCAAUCGAACCCUUGCCUAAAUCUCACCAACAAGUCUUCUUUCAAAAGUUUUCAGUUUCCACAAAGACGAUUAACCAGAAGGUCAGUAAGAGAUGUGCAGAAUGUGGAAUCAGAUGCAGUCAAGCGGAAUUUGAAAAACAUUUCUAUGGAGAGAAAAAAGCCGAUGGAGGAUCAAUUUUAGGAAAGUGGAAAUGUUUUCAUUGCAAGCUGCACUUUCCUUCCAUCUGUUCACAGAGAGCUCAUGCCAGGUUACACAAGGAAGAGGAGCUGGAUAGAAAGUUUACCUGCCCAGAGUGUGGAAUUGACCUAGCAGGGCUCAUGAUUGGAUACCAGCAAUUUGAUGAUUUUAAGGAAAAGCUGAGUUAUCAUCUCAUCAACGUGUGCUUUCAUCUGGAUAAAGUGGAUAUCAUAGUGUGUUCAAAAUGCAAUGCAGAGUUUUCCAGCAUUGAAGACUUCCGAUUUCAUUAUUUUCAAAAGCUUGAGCAAUAUUUUAAAUGUAAUGUUUGCCCCAUGGCCUUCAGGCAGCAGGAUUCUUUCAGCAAACAUCUAACCUCACAGCACAGUGACAUUCAGAGUGGGUAUCGAAAUAAUAAAAAGAUAGAUGUCUUUAAAGUGAUCUACAGAUGCCAUGUGUGUGGAAGUUUGAUCGAUGACCGAUUUGUUCUGGACAAUCAUCUGCAACAACAUGCCAUAGCUACAAAAUCAGUGUACCGGUGCAAAGAAUGCCCAAGAAUUUUCCCAAGUGGAGGAGAACUUGCAAGCCAUUUCAAAGAGGAUCAUCCAGAAAAGAUGAGAUCAAAGAUGUGCAAAAAAUGUGACAUUACUUUUGAUGCAUGGAAAGAUUUGUUAAAUCAUACGUUAAGAGAUGUGCACAUCAACCCAACUAUUAGUGUGGCAUUUCAGUAUUGUGGAACCUGUGGAUUUUUCUAUGAUCCAACAGAAUCCGAUGGAGGACAUUCUUGCAUGAGUCAAAAAACAGGAAAAAUGAUGGUCAACAAACUCCUAAAUACCUGCAGAAUCUGCAACGAGCGGAAAUUUUACAGCACUGCUGGGUUGCGGAAUCAUUUACAAACUCACCAAGAAAAGGGGUAUCUAGUGUGCAAGUAUUGCCAGAUAGGUGGGUUUUCUUCUGUGGAGGAGAUGAAAAUGCACGAGAGCAUAUGCUCUAAUGGGAAAACUUUGGUCAAACCAAAUAUUCUGAGACAAAAGAAAAGCACUGCCACCUCCUCUUCCAACAAUAAAAAAAUGGAGAAAGAUGCAAAGAACUUGAAGCAGCCUCAGUUACCAGUAAAUUUGCAGCCAACAUUUUCAUGUCCUGACUGUGAUGAGAAAUUUCAUUCCAAGGCAGAUCUUGGUAAUCAUCGGAAAGAUGAACAUAGCGAUCUGUUCCCAUGUCAUCUCUGUGGUUUAACCUAUGAAUCGCAGCAGAGUCUACGUAAGCAUCUCCGGGUGUCCCACGAAGGAAAGACUCAUGUCUAUCCAUGUGUGAUAUGUAGGAAAAGGGGUAUAAGAAGAAUCUUCACAAAUGUUUUGGUUCUGGAGAAACACUUGGCUUCAAAACACAGAGUGAGUAAAAACCAGAUGAGCUCUAGCAUCGUGAAUGAGAUUGACGAGGAAAAUGAAAUCCUGGAUCCACCCCCUAAAUCCAUAAAAUCCUCCUCAGAAUCCACAGAAUUAAUCACAGAAACGGACUCGCCAGUCAAACGUCUACAUAUAGAGGGGGAUCAAGUUUUCAACUGUGCAAAAUGUAGAUUUGGAUGCGAGAACAGAGAAGAGUUUCUUAAGCAUCUUGAGAUCCACAAGAUAGAUAACUCUGUCCAGUGUUUGGAGUGUGGACUCUGCUUUGCGAUUAUUCCUUCUCUGAGAAAGCACUUGUUUAUGGUGCAUAAGGUGAAGGACUUUGAGGAAUACUGCCAGAAGGAAGGCAUUAGUGUCAUGGAGGAGGAGUUUGUCAGUGAGGAGCCUGAGGACACUUCCUACACAAGCCCUGCCGAGGAGUCGGAUAUUGAGGAUGAGGAACGGGACCCACUGGAGUGUCGAGUUUGUUACAGGACAUUUGAAGACGAAAACAAAUUGCGCACACACAUGAGGAGUCAUGGGAUGGCUUUUAUCCGAAACAAGCGGAGGGAAAGAGCUCUGCAAAAGUCUAGGCAGUCUGCAUCCACUUCAAGUGUGAAAAGUGAAAAUACAAGUGAAAACAGUAAUGCAUCAUUAUCUGAUGCCAAAUGAGCAUCAGUUUAUCAUACAUUCAUAAACAUAUAUGAUGCAAUGAGAAGAAAUGAGAAAUAUUAUGUAGCAUGUAAUGUACAUAUAACUACAUAGUGGCCAUUUAUUAUACAUACAUUACUAUUAACUAGAUCAUGAAAGAAGUAGAUUUGGUAAGAUUUUACCAUUUUUACAUUUUUUUGAAUAUUUAAUAAUUUCCAUAAUAACAAAUAUCUGAUAGUACCAAAUUGCAGAUUGCUUUACCUAUCAUGUAUAUUUAUCUGUAUCUGUUUAUCUCUUUAGAAGCAAACAUUUAAGAAUAAAAAUAGUGUAUGACAUGAUUUCUAUGCAACCAAGAUACAGAUCUCAAUGAAAUGAUCUUUUACAUUGGAUACUUGUGAACAAUGUACAUUGAUUGAAAAGGGAGAGUUGCAAAUAAAGCUUUAAAAUGGAAUACCCCGGUAAUUAUAAUGAUAAGUCCCGAAAAUAUAUUAGUAUUUUUUUGUGCCCAUUGUUGACAGUUUUUAAGUUUUAGUUUGAUUUUUUUGUCAAAAAUUAUUUACUUUCUGAAGAAUAAUGUUUUAAGGACAUUGUUGAAGAUGCAAAAUGCCUUAUGUAUUACACAGUGUAUUUCUCCCUUUCAUGCACUGUACAGUAUAAACUUGCUAUCUCAAAACCAAUAUGUUGAACAACAAGGACAAAGUUGAUUGACCAUCUCAACCUCAUUACACAUAUUUCAAGCUUGAUGUCUGGAAAUCUCAGAUAUCUCCAGAUAUCCCCACCAUCCUGCCUUGUUUGAGAUAUCCAGGUUUGACUCUACUUUGAUGCCUGCUUUUUCAUAGUUACAUGUUAAUGUACAAAAACACACAUUUUCUUCGUGAAAAGUUUAUGUAUAAUCAUCCACUCCCAU